UAUGUCGCCCUCACACUGUCCAACAAAAAAAAAAUUAAAUAAAAAUUAGCUGUCGUAUGUUAUUGCCUUUCUGAAAUCCCUAUGUGCACUCCCCCCUCUGCCCCACGUUUUUGCUCCCUGUACUUCCUGUAGUUGCCCUGCAUCACCAUUUCGUUCGUUGCUGCUGCCGUGUGAUAUUGUGUACAACCGGGUGUGUGUGUGUGUGUAGAGUUGUUUCGAUGAGCAUCUUUUUCAUGGAAGGCUUUGUUGGUCCGCAUCAGUGUUGAACUUCUUCCUGUUGAAAUAGUUAGCAUUUGCAUAGCAGAGUUUGUGGUAACAGCUACGAUAUCCCCGAGGGAGGCCAUCGUUUGUGUGGCAAUAACAAUGCACACUAUACGCGAGCUGCACAAUACGCAACAUGGAGAACAUUUUUAGCGCAAAACGACCUAAGCUAACUUUGAAAAUGAUAGAUGGGAAGUGUGUUAUGGUGGCAUCGAAACCACAAAAUAAUGAUUCAACGACUAGUGCUGCCAAACCGAUUUUGCACGAGCAGUUGCUGCAAGAGCUAAAUGCUCCGCUACAUUCAGCCACGACUUUGGGUAAUUCCAAAACGGCAUCUUCUUGUUCCAUCCCGAACAUGCCAAACAAGCAAAAACAAGUACAAUAUAAAGUAUCAAGAUCGCAAUCAAUCGGGACUCAAACGAUGUCUGUUGUUGAUGACAACUCGUGUCUGAGUAUAAUAUUUAAAAAAUUGACCGCAAUUCAAUACGAACAACAACAGACGAAUAAAAAGCUAGUAGACAUGGAAAAACAGAUAAAGCUGAUGCGUUCUGAGCUAGAUAUAGUAGCUGAUCGAGUUGCUCCUAGCGUAGGGAAUGUACGUGCAACUAGCUUUGAAUUUGAGCCUGUUGGUACCAAAGACGAACUAGACGAUCUGGAGCUUAAAUUAGUAGACAACGAUUUUAAAAAUACGAUGGAAGCAUUUGUGGAUGCCCGGCUACCAACAGAUAGUGUGGAUGCGCGGCUUCAUGCAAGCAUGGAUAUUCUUUUUAAAAGAGAGUUUGUGGUCAGUUGGUCUGGUAUAGGUCAUCCAAACCCAAAAAUUCCUUUCAAUAAUUAUAAAAAUAUAUUAAAAUUCUAUAAAUAUAUAGGCACAUGUCAGGGACUUAUCCCUACGGACCAGAAAAUUAAAGAAGUUUUACAAAAUAAGUUUAGGCAUAGUAAGCAACGGUUAGAAUUAGUAGGAUUAGUGAAAACUUCGCAUCAUAGACAUAAGAAGUAUUAAUCAGUUAGGAAUAGUUUUAAUAAU